AUGGUCCAGAAGAAGGACGAUAAUGUGGACAAAUUCUUUCUGAAAAAAUGGGGUCUAGAUAAGGAUGAAGUGUACCGCCUAUUUAAUGAAUUCAACGAGCCACUAAGUGAAAAGGAUAAGAAGAAUGUUUACGCAGUCGUUUGCACAGACUUUGUAGGAGGUCAAGGCCUCAACGAGCAGGAACUUCACCCAUGUUUUUGUAAAAUUCUUAUGAGGAAUUUAGGAAAUGUAAUAGAAACCAGCAGCACGUAUAUAUACAAAUAUAAGGAGAAAAAAGUGCACAGCAUGAAGCCGAAUGCACCAUGUCAUCUUUUAAACUUGUGGUUAUACUUAUAUGUAUUUAAAUCUCGCAUAGAUGAGCAGAAUAUUAAUUAUGUAUUCACAGCAAUAACUGAGUUAAACAAGGUAUUUAAGCUAAUGGAUUAUGAAAAGUGUAUAUAUGAAAAUACGUUUACAGUGAACACAUCGGAGGACGGAAGUAGUAUUUUCAGUGACAUUAAUAAAUGGUUGAUGAGGAAUGAAACGGAGAACAAAAUGUCUAAAAUAAAGGCAGGGACUGCAUGUAAUGAAGGGAGCAGAUCUAAUGACCAGAAGCAUAGUGAAGUUCCACAGAGGAUACCGGAAAAUAUAAAUUCCAAAGUACAGAAUAAAGUUCAAGAAGUUGUCAAAGAAAUAAAGAAGUUGGAGGAAAUAUUUAAAGCAGGUGACCAGGACGACGACCUCGGCGAGUAUGAGGAAACUGACGAAGGAGAAAUCGAAGAAGAACCAGAAGCAGCAGGACUACAACCUCCAGAGGAGGAAGAUGAGAAACUUUCGCCUCCUCCUACUACAGCUGUUUCUGAGGAAAAUGAGGAAGAAAAGAAGGAUGGUGCAGCAGAAGAACCUAAACACACAGAAGAAGCAGCUCGUGGUAGUGGAGGUGCUCUAGGUUCUGGGGGUGCUACUCCCCGUCCUAGCACCCCUUCCCCUGCCAAACUUACCAGCAACAUUGACCUCCCUACAUCAUACCUUCCUUUAAUUCCAUCGGUGACUGGUAUUCUUGUUAUGAGUUACUUCCUAUGGAAGUACUUUGGAAUGCUACGUAAAACAAGAAAACGUUACAGAAGAGCUCUUCAAAUGCGUGGUCCCUCCUUAGAACAGCAGAUUGUUGACGAUGUGGACGAAGAUGGUCAACGUGAAUAUUGCAUAGUGAAAGAACGAAAACCUCGUUCUAUGCCUAAAUAUAGGAGGAAAAAACGGGGUGUUAAUCGCCGUGCUGGUCGUCGUCGUAGUGGUGUACGUCGGCGCAUGAUUAUUGAUAUUCAUUUAGAAGUCUUAAACGAAUGUCAAAAAGGGGACCUACAUUCGACGAAGGAGGACUUUUUUGAAAUAUUGGUUCAAGAGUUUAUGGCAAGCGAAUUUAUAAAAGAAGAAAAUGUUCCAAAGGAAAGUGUUGCUGAGGAACAAGUUCCAAGUUCAAAUUCCGCGUUUAGGGAAGAAGACUUUGUUCCUAAGGAAAAUGUUCCGUGUUCAGAUUCCGGGUUUUAG